AUGAUAUGUCGGAUAAAUGCAUUUCACAGAAAAAAAUUACUCACGUGCUUCUGCUUCUUCGAAAAUGUAUUCAUCUAUCCACUGCAUAGAUUCGGACAGGAAGUCUGUCGCACACAAUCGGUCAGAGCCAUCCUGAAAGGAUUGUGUUUAUGGAAAUGCUGUGGGCUUUAG